CAGACAGUGGAGCGACAGGUCUGGCCCUCAAGGCGGGCGGGCACAGGUCUCAGCCCCCAACGAAGGCGGAACAGCGGGCACCGAGUCACCAGGCACGACAGUGGGCACCGAGUCGUCUGGCAAGACUGCGGGCACCGAGUCAACUGGCGGAACAGCGGGCAUCGAGUCAACUGGCGGAACUGCGGGCACCGAGUCGUCUGGCAAGACUGCGGGCACCGAGUCGUCUGGCAAGACUGCGGGCACCGAGUCGUCUGGCAAGACUGCGGGCACCGAGUCCCUGGCGGAACAGCAGGCUUCGAGUCGUCUGGCAAGACUGCGGGCACCGAGUCGUCUGGCAAGACUGCGGGCACCGAGUCGUCUGCGGAACAGCGGGCAAACUGGCAAGACUGCAGGCACCGAGUCGUCUGGCAAGACUGCGGGCACCGAGUCGACUGGCGGAACAGCGGCACCGAGUCGUCUGGCAAGACAGUGGGCUCCGAGUCAACAGGCACGACAGUGGGCACCGGGUCAUCAGGUAUCGGAUUGUCUGGCUCGACAGCGGGCAUCGGGUCACCAGGCAUCAGGUCAUUUGGCUUGCCAGCGGGCACCGCGUCACAUCUGGCAAGGCAGUGGGCACCGGGUCACCAGGUA